CUGCGCUCCUCUGCGCGCUGGCUCCCGGCACCGUCCGCCCGUCCUGAGCAGGGACAGCGAGACUGAUCGGUCGCUGCUUAGCCUUAUUGCCUCUAUCUCUUUUUAGACAGAUUUCAGAGCGAAGAGGAGAUUGGCUUUCCUGUGUUGGAUGCUGAAAGCAAUUUUGAUGAGCGUUUAGGGUCUGCAAUUAGUUGUUGCAUCCUUCCUCUGUGGUAAUCUAUCUGCUGCAGUAUGAAGUUCCAGUAUGCGCUGCUGUAGCUUGGCAACGUGAUGAGCAUCUCCUGGUUGGGAAGCCAGUGGGGCUGUUUUUUUUCUGGCUAAGUGUCUUUUUAGAUUGCUAUAUGUCAAGACUAUAUAUAUCAUGCCUUGAGCAUACUCAUCUAUGAAGUGAUGCGGUACAAUACAGGUUUCUUAGGUGUGAGAUUUUAGGCUGUAGCUAAGUAGUCUAAAAUUUUUUUUUCAUUUUAUAGGGCGCUAAAACUUUUCUGGUGUAUGGUCAUUUAAGUCUAAUGACAACCAAAUUAGUUUAUCAGAGCUAUUUUUAAAUCCCUUAGUAGUAGUCCUCAGACUCUUAGAUUAUUGAUAGGCAAGUGCUCCUUUUAUCCUAGGUGUUUUAGUAUGUUUUAAAGCAGGUCUUGUAGUAUAGCCAAUGAGUAUAGGUCUGGUGUAUGACCCAAGUGGAUGAGUUCACCUCAUUGCUCAUUAUAAAAUUGCUUCACAUUGCUAUGUAAAACAUACAGGUUCUGCAGCAAUGUAGGGACACUUUUUCUGUCUUGUUAAGGAAGUAGUAUCCUGGGAGAUGAUGCAGUAGUGUGGCAUGUUUGGCACCUGGUUAGGGGAAUCUGUGUUCAGGGGAGGGACUGUCUUGUCGGAUUUGGGUUUAAUACAGCAGUUUUAAUAGUGAUCAUGGAGCUGAAGGGUAGAGUGAAAUACUGAAACUGUGUUAUGGGGAUAACUGAAAACUGCAGUUGUUUGUCCUCGAUUAACAUAUUAAACCAUUGUUAGCAAGUGUCUACAAUCAUUUUGUGAUUUCUGGACAGUAAAUCCACUAUUUAUAGACAUUCCUUCAAUUGUUAAAAAGUCUAUAUGUAACUCAGUAGAUAUCUGAAAUUAUAAUUCUCUCAGAUGUUUAAGAAUUAAACAUCUCCUGGAAUUACAUCAGCCUAAAUGAUGUAAUAGCUUGCAAGGAAAUGCAGCAUCUCUGUUCAACAUAUAUCAGAUGAGGAGCACACAGAAGUCCUGAGGGUCAGAUGAAGACACAGCUGUUAUGUUUGCAUCCCCAGGAUGAGUGGGUUGCACAAAGACCUGCCAGACCUUGUUGCUCCCAAGGUAGUAAGCUCAUUUGUGUGAGAACACUGCCCCUCUCCUGUCGCAGUUUGGAUCUGUGGUCCUAUCUAACAACAGUCCACGGUGGUGCCAUGCCAUCUUCGUACUCUUCCAAACAUGUUUGUUUACAAACUUUGAACAGGUAUCAUUCUUCUACAAUCAGAUGAUUCCUUUUCAGAUUUAUUAGAAACGUGAAAUAUUUUGUAUUAAAUGUAUCGAAAAUCCUGGUUGAAGGUUUUUCCAGUGUUGGCCAAUUAUGAGCUUUAUUUUUUGUGUUUUCAGAGUGGCAGAACCACUGACAUUACAAUUCACUAGUGUAAAAAGCGGUAAGACAAGUUUCAGAGCUCUAAAGAAGAGCUUCUGUGCCUGGCAGCUUUUUUAGUUUUCCAGCUAUACCAGUUGGUCUAAUAAGUUAUAAUACUUAUUCAUACAAUGUGUAUCUUUUGUAUGUACCCACCUCCCCACCAAGCUGAUAAGGAAAAAGAUACAUGAACACAAUUCAUGAGUGUUUCUUAAAAUGGUAGCUGUUGAAGGAAGUUCCUAAAUGAGAUUUGUGUGGCAGCCUGGUAGAGCAGAAAUAAUCCCAAAUGCUAAAUGAUGUCAUUACAAAAUUGACCACUACAUUUGCAAACAGAGUUUGUUUUGAUCAGGAUGCCGGAACUCACCUUUGUCCAUUAGAAACAUUUUCUUUAGAUGGAGGUAAAUACAUAUUAGCCAUGUUGUUGCAGAAGAUGAUGUUGAUGCUUGCGCUACGUGCCCUCUCUGUAAGUAGAGAAAUCUUGCUUUAAAUGUUCUCAUUUACCCUAACAAAACGCAAGUAACGUAUUUGCCUUAGGAGGAGUUAUUUGCAUGCUGUUGGAUUAAAAAUUGGUUUGUGUGAAAUUGCAGGUAGCUCUAGAGAAUAGUAACUCUCAUCAGCUCUAGAGUCGCUUAUUUAAAAAAAAAAAAAAAAGUAACAGAUUAUCAAACAUGUAGGCCUGGGCAGUGUAUGAAACAGAAGAAAUUUGCUUGCUCCCCCCUCCACCCUUUUUUGGUAAUACUCAGGUUGUAUUCGCAAUCACAACUAUAUUAGAACUUCUUACAGCCCAAGAUAUGGUCCAGAAUGACAUCAAUAUACAGUACUAAAGGGGAUGUUGUAAGAUCAGCACACGCAGUACCAUCUAAGUAUCGCUCUGUUCUGAUGGAAUUAACUUCAAGAGGAACAUGUGUCAAUAUUUUGAUGAGAAAGGGAAAAGAUAAAAUGGAUGCAACAUUAAAUAAAUCCAGUAUUUGCAGGAGUAACUGAAUUGACAGAUUUUGGAAUCGGCUAGAUGGGAAAGGUUCUCUAGGAACCUUAUGACUCUUUAAGGAGACUUUUCCCUCUAUGUUAACUGGCUGCUGAGGAUAAGAUUAUCUCACUGUGUUGAACUGUUUAGAUUUGCAUUGCAAAAUGUCUGUACUUAGGCAACCCUUUCUUGUGUGUUAUAUUUACAGUUUGCUGACCAGCUGUAACUUCCUUAUACCUGGGAGCCUGUGUAUUAGAACUCAAGUUCUGUGGAAACAGCCACCUUCUAGGACCUUUUUCAGUGACAGGAAAAAGCUUCAUACUGCUCCAGUAAGGCAAGCCUUCCGUCUGCGCCCCUUCCAUGUUCUGGUGGCUACAGGUGGGGGAUAUGCAGGGUACAGAAAAUAUGAAGAUUACAAGUUGGAACAGCUGGAGAAGAGGGGCCUAGAGGUGCCUGUCAAGCUUGCAAGCGAGUGGGAGGUUGCUUUGUACAAAUCGGUACCAACUCGCCUGCUCUCACGAGCCUGGGGUCGCCUGAACCAGGUGGAGCUGCCUACAUGGCUCCGGAAGCCUGUUUACAGCUUAUACAUCUGGACAUUUGGCGUGAACAUGAAGGAGGCAGCUGUUGAAGAUUUACAUCACUAUAGAAACCUCAGUGAAUUCUUUCGUAGGAAGCUGAAACCACAAGCACGGCCAGUCUGCUGUUUGCACAGUGUGAUUAGUCCCUCUGAUGGAAAGAUACUUAACUUUGGACAGGUAAAAAACUGUGAAGUGGAGCAGGUGAAAGGUGUUACUUAUUCGCUGGAAUCUUUCUUGGGACCUCGCAUCAGCACAGAGGAGUUGCAUUUUAGCCAAGCCCCAUCUGGCAACUCAUUUCAGCAACAACUUGUCACAAAGGAGGGGAAUGAGCUCUACCACUGUGUGAUCUACCUUGCACCAGGGGAUUAUCACUGCUUCCAUUCACCCACUGACUGGAGAGUGUCACACCGACGUCAUUUCCCAGGCUCUCUGAUGUCUGUGAAUCCUGGGGUUGCUCGCUGGAUCAAGGAACUUUUCUGCCACAACGAACGGGUUGUCCUUACAGGCGACUGGAAACAUGGCUUUUUCUCUUUAACAGCAGUAGGAGCAACAAAUGUGGGCUCUAUCCGCAUCUACUUUGACCAGGACUUGCAUACCAACAGUCCAAGUUACUCAAAAGGCUCCUACAAUGACUUCAGCUUCGUAUCCAACAACAACAAGGAGGGGAUCCCCAUGAGGAAAGGAGAACAUUUAGGGGAAUUUAACUUAGGCUCCACUAUUGUGUUAAUCUUUGAGGCACCCAAGGACUUCAAAUUCCACCUUAAAGCCGGACAGAAAAUCCGCUUUGGAGAAGCACUGGGCUCUCUAUAGAAACUAUCACGGCAAGGUGGCUUUACAUACAAAGGAACUCGAUCACACCACUGAAUGUUUCAUUUAAAAAGUAUGUAUCACUCAGCAGGACCUGGGUGAGGAAAACAGUAGAUGUCAUUGCUAUGUUAGACACGGGAGUAUUUGCCCUAUAUUUACAUACCGCUGCUGAGUGCAGAAAAAGAAUAAGAAUCAAAUGAUCCAUAUAUGCAUCAGGUACAGCUGCCUUUAAAAACGUUGACCAGGGAGGUUUCAGUCCCACCCUGUGCCUGCAGUCUUUCACGUUCUCCCCCUCAAUGUGCCACAGGAUAAUUAUGUUGUCAGAGCCUUGUAAGUCCCUUUUAAGCCUUCCUAGGCUCUGCAGGUGCGAUGGGGAAGGGUGGAGGUAGAGAUUAGCUGUAUUUAAAAGGAUAUUGACAGGUUGAUUCAAACCUUGAACUUCAGAUUUGUAAUAGCUGGUUGACAGACCUUGAGUUGAGAAUGCGUUCUCGCUUUUGUUUUAAAACAAUCCUCAAAAGUUCUUAAAAUAAAAUAUAGCCUGUGAAUGCACAGAGAGCCAAACAAUUAAAUUGGCUACUCUGGCUUUACAGUCCAAACUAAGCAAUGUGCACAACAGACAGCAUCAGUACAAUAGAUUAGACUCAUCCAGUUUGUUUUCUAAUGUUAGACAACUUUAGUUCUUUUACCUGACAUUGUCUCUUUAAAAAAAUGGACUUUGCACUGUAUUUUAAAGCUGAAAACACUGUCUACAUUCCAUAUGAUGAAACUGGACAUUUUGGAAUUUUUUUUUUUUUUUUAGUAUUAGCAGACAGAUCCAUGUGUCCUACCCCUAAUCCAUGGCUUUAUUUUGCCAUUCCAGGCCUUAAAGAUUUUGUUUAUAUGAGUGAAAAAACAAGACUGUGACAAAAUAACAACAGGAUUAAGGGUUGGAAAGUAGAGAGGAUGUUAAUCUUCUGUGAUGCAACAAGAUGGCAGCCAAAAUAGGUUUUUACUUUCUGAUAUAUAUCUUAAUUGUUGCUUUGGUCACUGAAUUCUUGAUGAAUUAAUUCUUCUUUUUAAAGAACAGUUUCACGUUCUUCAGGAUCAAUUUUUAUUUGCACAGAAUGAAAUGCCAUAUGCACUGACUGUGUAUUAAAAUAUUACAGACCUUUGAAGAAAUCUAAAUUUGCCUCCCAGGUGCAUUAGCCUGCUGGCAACUAUUUAUCUUACUUAAAAUAGAAAAAGCCACACCUGUGCUGGGGGCUAAAAGCUCUAUGCUGAAGCUUCACCUACAGCAAAACUUCAGAGCCUCUUUUUAACUUCAUGUCAAGAAAAGUUGUAACAAAUACUAACACCUUGGGUCUGCUGAGCACAGCACUAACUGGCACUGGCAGAAAUUGGUGCCAAAGCGAAGAGGAGGAUUUCAGUUUUAAAGCAAUGUAUCAGUUGUUCUUAGAGAAUAAACUGUUUUGAGUCCAGGCACUCCCAACACUUAGAACCGACUUUGCUGCCCCGAGACUGUGGGAAUGGAUGUGCUUGCAAAACCUGCCUUUCUGAUCUCUGAAAGAUUUCUCAUGCUAUUUCCUUGCUUGAGCCUUGGGUGUUUUUUCUGCUGCUUCAAGGAGAUGGUAGGCUUUGACCAGCUCUUAUCUCCUAAUGAAAAAUUUCUCCUUUGUAUGCACUGCAGAAAGUAGAAUAUAAUUUUGUUGUACAAAUGUCCAGUUUGCCAAGUCCUGUAUGCUUAGCUUGUCAUCAGGAAAGAAGGAGUGAUAAACUGCAUCUUAGGGAUGUAGCCCAACUGUGGCUUUAUGAUGAUGGUGGCUGUUUGGGUGGCAAGCAGGAGAAAAUUAUUCAUUUGGCUCCAAGAGUCAAUGUUUCCUCAGAUUACAUGGGGAGGAGUUUGAAAAGCUUGAAGUGGCUCUUGGCCACCUAUCUUGUUUAACUUCUUGGUAUUAGCAAGUUAACUCCUGCAGUAGUAUAUAACUAUAUACAGGUUCUAGAAAUGUACGCUUUUUUUUUUAAACGCUUGAGAGUGAGAAGUGCAAACAUCAAGCCCACAGGUUAAAGCUGUAACUAGUCUCUUGCCUCAACUUCAAAGAUGUGUUAAUAGUAGAAAACAAAUUUGUUCCAAUGGAUCAGAGAAAAGAAGAACGAAUAGCUUUCCACCUUCUCCACUGGGCCCUGUGGCACCUGACAGCCAAAGCAACUUUAAGCUUUAAUUACUUGCUACUCAGCAUCAGCAGCAGCAGUAUCUGAAAGUCACCAUUAGCCUAGUAAUGGAAAAUAGGUUGCCUGAUCCGUGCUUUAAUAGGAAACUAGGAAGAGGGAGAGGAUUCAGUGUGCAAAUGGCUGUUUUUGUGAUGGUCUUAAUACGGUGCAGAACUAGCUGAUUAAAAAAACAUUAGUUGUUAGGCGGUAGUCAGCAAUGGGCCCUGGAAGUGGAAGCAAAGUUCCUAGAGGAUACUGAUAAUGCUGUGAAUUUCUCCUGCAUGGAGAAUCCAUUUAAUUCUUCAACUGUAUCAGUAGCACGGUAUUUUUGUAUGUCAAAGUGUAUGACUUAUUGACAUUAACUCAUUGAAUUGCAAACAUUUUGAAAUAAAGAAUCUUAUCAGUAUUGUUUA